AUGGCGUAUAUUAAUUGCACAGUCAACACCACAUAUUCGGGUUGUAUUAAUGGCCUGACAACUGCAGGAGCUAUUGGACUAGCUUUUGGUAUUCUUUUUCUUUUAGUUAUUAUAAUCAUCAUUAUCAUUAUUUGUUGUUGCUACUGUGGAUGUGCCAAACGAUGUGGAUGUGAAAAUGCUUGCAAUGGCCUAUGCAAAUUUAAUCAAGUGGGGACAAAUAUUGAUGUACGUCCUCAACCAGUUUAUCAACAACCGCAGUAUGUAUAUAGAAAUAAUGGGUAUGUAAAUAGACCACCAGCGCCUGCACCAAGACCGCAACCUCCACCAUAUCGACCAGCACCUUCUGCGGUGAGAAGAACUGAUGUAACUAUCAUCCGACCCGAUCGACCUCCCACUGUUCGCACAAAUGUUCCACAGCCGGCACCACCACCUUAUCAGCCUACGCCUACUCCUCAGCCCGCAGUGGAAACAUAUAAUCCUCCGCCACCAGUUGUAGAAACAUGGAAUCCUCCAUCAUUAGCUGUAGAUACAUGGAAUCCUGAACCAGCACCUGUAGAACCAUCGAAUCCAGCACCGUCACUAGCUGUAGAUACAUGGAAUCCUGAACCAGCACCUGUAGAAACAUCGAACCCAGAACCGUCACUAGCCGUUGAUACGUGGAAUCCUGAACCAGCACCUGUAGAAACAUCGAACCCAGAACCGUCAUUAGCCGUUGAUACGUGGGAUGGUCAAUAA